GUUUAUGAAAUCGUUAUGUCAGUGUUAAAUAGCGAGUAUCCUGAUCCAAGCGACUGGCCUGAGGAUUUCGAAGAAGUUAAGGGCCUUGAGACUCUGCUGCGCUGUCCUAUAUGCUUUGACUACCUGAACACUGCCAUGAUUAUCCCUGAGUGCUCACAUAACUAUUGUUCUUUGUGUAUAAGAAGAUUCAUUAAUUACAAAACACAGUGCCCAACUUGUUCCACACCUGUGUCUGAGCGUGAGUUGAAGAAUAACAGACUACUGGACGAUAUUGUUAAAAAGUUCUUGGCAGCGAGGUCAAGACUUUUGCAGGCUGCCAGAUCUCUGAAACCAUGCGCUAAUGAUGACCAGGUCCAGUCCCCCUCCACAAGCCAGGUGGCCAGUUCUGGAAUGCUGCCAGGGUCCAUUAAAAGUCAGCUCCCUGUGGUCAAGCAUUGUCCAGUUCCUAAAGGGGAGAAGUCAGAGGUCAAAGACUGGACAAAGUCAAAAAUGUCAAAUGUGAAAAACAAGGAAGAUAAGUCCACGAAGGGAAAAUCCAAACACAGUGUAUCAAGAACUCUGCAUUCCUUUUACAACUCACCAGGAAAGAGUAAAGUGGCUCCACCUAUGGAGGAUUUAGGUGACAGCGAUGUCAUCAUAUGUGACAGCGAAAAUGAAAGUAUGGAAGUGACAGAGGACAAAGUGACCACUAGGAGAGAUAAACUGGAAUACCAUAGUCCUGAGAAUCCAGAUACACCAAUAAAUAAAACACCAGGAAGCAGCAAACCUGACAAAGGUGCAGAUUUUCUUGCUUUAAGUUCUGCCACAGGGGGCACCACAAGUACCCCUGAAAGAAAACCGGAGGACACAGUGGACUGUCCAGUUUGUGGAGUAGCCAUUAAGCAGAGGAACAUCAAUCUCCAUCUUGACCAGUGUCUAAACAGGAGUGAAAAAAAGGAGGCUCUCAGAAGUUCUAAGCCUCAGAAAAGGAAACCGAUGGCAAAACUGGUCUAUAACUUGAUGUCAGACAAAGACAUCAGAAAGAAAUUAAAAGAUAUAGGGCUACCAUCACAGGGAGACAGGCAGACACUAAUUAAGAGGCAUCACGAGUUCACAAUGCUAUAUAACUCACAGUGCGACUCACUGAACCCAAAGUCAGCUCAGGAGAUUAUAAAAGACAUGGAAAGACACGAACGUACCAAAAGCAAACUUGCCCUAACAGCAAGCACACAAACUAGACUGGCCUUCGAAAAGGGAGACUCUGCAGAAAAUGUGGAAAAAGCUCAAAAGGAGUAUGUCAAGAAACAUAAAUCUCAGUUUGAUGAUCUCAUUGCCAAGGCCAAGGCUAACAUGAAAAAGAAGAAAGCUGAAAAAGAAGCCUCAUCAGCCAGUCGUACUGUUACAACUAGCAGUGUACCUGAAGGGACAUCAUCAACAAUAACAAGUAAUGACACACUAGGUGUAGAUUCUUUGACCUCCAUGACCUCUAUGACCUCUGUGACCCUCAUGACCUCUGUGACCUCCAUGACAUCUGCAACCUCCAUCACUACUGCCACUCCUGCAACAAGUGAUUCAUUGUCAUAUGGACAUCAGUAUUCAGAUAAGGAUGUAAAGGGAACAAAAAUCUCAAUUGUGAAAGGAAUUAAUAAGACAAAAGAUUCAGAUUUGUCUACUGAUGCAACUGUCACUAAGACAAAGUCAUUACUUGCACAAGAGGAAAAUGAAAAUGUGCUCCAGAUUGGGAAAGUGGACGAUUUUGAUAGUUCAAGGACAUCUAACAUCCUUGAUGGUUCAAUUACACCACCUCUCAUUGACUCAGACCCAGAAGAAGAAAUUGAUGGAGACGAGGACAGAACCCUUGGAUUUGACCCCAAUGUCAGUGUCAAUAGCAACCGUGUUUCUGGUGGUGAAAACCCAAGUGCACCCCUUGCCACUGGUGUUGUAGACCCUAAUGCACCCCUUGCCAUUGGUGGUGUGGACCCCACUGGCAGCUGUCUGUCAAAUCCAAGUCCUGCUGCCAGUAGCACGGAUGAUUUGAUUGACAAUAUCGUGAACAGUCCUCCUGUCACAAAUGUUGACUACAUCGAUAUGCUGGUGAAUGGCACUGUUGAUGUUGGCGAGGUUGACAAUAGUAUUGAUAAUAUGUCCAGAUCUGUAUUUCAUGGGGAAGGUUCUCCUGUGUUUGAGAACACAAAACAAAGUGGUGCUAGAGGUGGUGUGAGAGAUAGUCUUGACAGCUCUCCCAUAUUCGAAGGAAACAAUGCUAUAAAGUUCAUAAAAAAUGCUGACGGAAAAGGUAAUGUGGAAACAAGUGCAAGUGAACUGAUUGGAGCCAAGUCUAAUGUUGAAAAUGAAAACUUUGAAUCAAGUUCUGGUGUAUUUGAAAGAAAUUUUGUUUCAGAAACAAACCUUGGUCAGAAUCAAGAUUUCCAGCUAAGAACAGAGAGAAGGAAUAAAGAUGUGAAAGAUGCACAUCCUGAUAAUGACAUGAAUAUUAAUUCUCAUGAUGUACACCAGAAAGAUGAGGAAUUUGGAAACUUUAAUCUCCUAGACUCCAGUCCUUUUUUCCAGUCACUUGGAGGAUCUGACAAUAAUAGUAACACUUUGAAAAAUACAGUAAGAGAAGACAAACAGGAAAGAAACAUGGAUGACAUAAGCCUCUCUGGUACCAGUGAUAAUUCUAACCAGUCGGAGUCGUUGCUUCCAUCUUCUUACAUCCAAUCUGCCCAGCCUGAGCAGGAUUUAUGGGCCAGCCAGGGAUCAAGGUCAUCUACUGGGUCAAGGUCAUCAGCAGGGUCAAGGUCAACUAAUAGAUCAAAGACUUCUGUUGAAGUUGAUUCAACAUUUCAAUCUGCAGUCACUGAGGAAACUGUUAGAAGGUCAAAGAGGGGGAGAAAACGAUCUGUGGACACACCCCCUGAUUCUGCCAAGUCUACUGGGAGAAGAGGAAAGAGAAAGCAGCCCACAGUGCCUGAGCUUAGUCCAGAACCAAAUCAAACAAGAAAACUGAGAAAAAGGACAAAUUGAACCCAUCCAGGAUUUGCACCUAAAAAUCUUUCAAGGCUGACCAAAUUCUAAAGUGUAUACCAUAAUCAAGA